AUGGCCGACCCCGAGCGCAUCCAGCCCGUCGUCAUCCCGUACCCGGCCCUCAUCUCCGGCGACUCGUCCUUGGCCUCGCUCGUCCAGCAGGGCUUCGACUCGAGCCCAGACGCGCUCGGCCUCGUCGUCGUGUCCGACUUGCCGCCCGAGUUCCCGCAGCUGCGCCAGCGGCUCCUCCACCUGUCCAACUCGUUCGCCUCGCUCCCCGCCGCGACUCGCGAGAAGUACGCCCACCCUGGGAGCCGUUUCUCGGUGGGCUGGUCGCACGGCAAGGAGGUCAUGAACGGCAAGCCCGACCUCCUCAAGGGCUCGUUCUACAACAACCCGUCGUACGACCUCACGCCGGGCCUCCACGACGGCGACGAGCCCGUCGCCAACAUCUGGCCCGACGAGCGCGGCGUCGAAGGGUUCGAGGAGGCCUUCAAGGAGCUGUGUGCGCUCAUGGUCCGCAUCGGCAUCCUCGUCGGCGCGGCGUGCGACCAGCUCGUCGGCAAGACGGCCUCGUCCAAGUCGGUCGAGCAGCUCGUCAAGGAGAGCCACUCGAGCAAGGCGCGGUUGCUGCACUACUUUCCUCGAGACGGCGCGUCGUUCACCUUGCCGCCCUCAUCCUCGGUCCCCGACGAGCCGUACAAGCCAGAAGAGGUCGACGACAGCUGGUGCGGGACCCACAUCGACCAUUCCCUCCUCACGGUCCUGUGUCCCUCCCUGUACCUGUUCCACCCCGAUUCUGCGCCCCUCGACCCGCUCGUCAUCCCGGCACCCGCACCCUCGACCGGCCUCUUCAUCAAGACUCGCGGCGGCAAGGUCGUGCAGGCGACGAUCCCGGCCGACUGCGUCGCCCUCCAGACGGGCGAGACGCUCGAGCUCCUCACGUCAAAGCGCCUCGCCGCGACGCCGCACUUUGUCAACGCGACGGCGGCCAACCUCGGCACCAAGGCGCUGCAGGCGAUCGAGCGCAAGAAGGAGGACGAGCCGCAGACGUGGGGCCGGGUCGAGAGCGGGUUCGUCACGCGCGAGACGCUCGCCGUUUUCCUCCAGCCCAACCACGACGAGGUCGUCGCCGACAGCGGCGAGACGUUCGGCGAGUUCUCGGCGCGCGUGUUCAAGCGGCACUACGACGAGACCGAGUAG